CCUUACCAGGCUCUUGAUUGAACAAGCUAGGUAAAUUGGGAUGUUUACGGACCGAAGAACAGAGAGCAUGAUGGCUAUCUCUAAGACAUGAUUCGACGGCCGCUAGUGCGAAGACUGAUCGCCUUUGGCCUGAAUAAGAAGGUCUUGGCCCGGGGAGUUGCAAUGUAACGCUGAUCAGUGGAGAAGAGCGCGCAUGAUAACGAGCGCGUCUUCCCCCUGACCUAAGCGCCGGACGGCGAUGAAAAGCUUAAAAAGGAGGCAAUGGCCGCCUAGCAUUGACCGGAAAUGGAGGCAUCAUAGGUCACGACAAUAUGUUAUCUACUCGCAUGUUCAUUGCCGGAUCCUUGACUGUGCUGUGCCUAGCUCAGCCAGUCUUCGGCGGUACUCUCAAGCAAUGUACCGGUACCCUGGAGUUAUCGUGCCAUAACGACACCAAAGUCGCCGAUACCUGUUGCUUCAACUAUCCAGGAGGAUCGCUAUUGCAGACUCAAUUCUGGGAUACGGACCCUGCAGUUGGACCUGACGAUUCCUGGACUAUUCACGGUCUCUGGCCCGACCACUGCGAUGGCACAUACGACGCCACAUGCGACAGCAAGCGUGCCUAUACAAACAUAUCGGAUAUCUUAACGUCAGCUGGUAAUAGCGAUCUCCUUAGUUACAUGGAGACGUACUGGCUGCCGAACGAUGGCACAGGGGAGACAUUCUGGGAACACGAGUGGGGAAAACACGGCACGUGUGUCUCGACACUUGACCCGAGCUGCUUCACCGACUACAAAGCUACCGAAGAAGUCCCUUACUACUUCAAUACGACGGUUAGCCUAUUCAAGUCCCUACCGACGUAUCAGUGGCUCGCAGAUGCCGGUAUCACGCCGAGCUCAAGCACGACCUACAAGCUCUCUGAUAUCCAGGCCGCGCUAUCCAAAAACCAUAAUGGCGAAACCGUCUACAUUGGUUGUAGCGGGAGCGCCAUCGAACAAGUUUAUUACUACUUUAACGUGAAGGGCUCAGUUGCCAAUGGCGAGUUCGUACCGGCGAGUCCGGACAACGACGACGAUGGCGGCUGUCCCAGCACGGGCGUCAAGUAUCUCCCCAAGAGCGGGGGCAACGGGGGUGGUGGAUCAACAACUACGACUACUUCCAAGCCAACGAGCACAACAUCGGGUGGAUCUUCGCCAACGCCAACUGGGUCAUUCUCAGGGAAGGGUUAUCUAAACGCAGUAGUCGACGGCUCUGUAAAAGGCUGUAUUAUCGGGAGUGGCACCUGGUACACGACAGGAACCUGUGCGACAUUCACGGCGGCUUCGUCCGGAAGCGGAUUUACGCUCAAGUCCAGCAAGGGCUACUGCUCCGCGUCAGGUGGCUCGCUGACUUGCGCCUCUGGCAUCAGCAGCGCUGACGCUGACGUCUUCGCUGCAGACGGAACGAAUCUGGCGAAUUCCGGCGGCGAUGACUGGUAUGCCGAUUCGGUUCCCAGCGGCUCUACCCAGGGUACUGUGUAUUCUGAGAAGGGGUCGCAUACGACGACGUUGCAGAUACAAUGGCAAAGCGUCUGAUAAGUAC